GCUCCCUACCCACGCCGCCGCCGCCUCUUCUUCCACCACUGCCACCGCCUCCUCUUCAUCUGCGGCCCACCGGUGGCGGCCGCCCCGAAGCCCCGCCCCCUCCAUCGCCUCCUGCAUCAUCACUUCCGGUAACCCCGCCGGCCGCCAGCUCCAGGAGAGAGAACGGGAGAGGGGAGGGAAGGGAACGAGUCGAAGAUUGCGUCACGACGUACGCAAAGACGUACGAAGCCGUCGCCAAAGAUUACCUAGAGAAGGAGAAGCCCAAGCAAAAAAGACUCUUAACACAGACAAGACCUUAAAGAAAAGGAGGAGGCCCCUUUAAUAUCCUGGAAUAAUCGGACCCACACUCAUAAUCAGUGAGACUCAUCCACCCACUCGCCAGCUCUUCUCAUCCUCUAAGGCUUGGCUCAAAUCUCUUCCCUCCCUUCCCCUCCCAGCUGUCAUUUCUUUUGGACAUGUGCACAGGUGAAGUAGUGCUUUUAAGCUUUUCAUCAAUUGCUUCAUUCCUUGCUUAAGAAUAGUUUCAAGAAAGGUCCCCAGGGUCGGGAUGACAACAGCAACACGACAAGAAGUUCUUGGCCUCUACCGCAGCAUUUUCAGGCUUGCAAAGAAAUGGCAGGCGGCCUCGGGGCAGAUGGAAGACACCAUCAAAGAAAAACAGUAUAUACUAAAUGAAGCUAGAACACUGUUCCAGAAAAACAAAAAUCUCACAGAUCCAGACCUGAUUAAACAGUGUAUAGACGAAUGCACAGCCAGGAUUGAAAUUGGACUGCAUUACCAGAUUCCUUAUCCUAGGCCAAUUCAUCUGCCUCCAAUGGGCCUCACGCCACUACGAGGCCGGGGACUUCGAAGCCAGGAGAAACUGAGGAAACUUUCCAAACCAAUAUAUCUCAAAUCUCAUGAUGAAGUUUCCUAAUCCAGGAGAAAGUUUAUUUCUGGGAAUGAUGAGCCAGCUAGGUCUUGAAUGUAAACCAGAUGGCAAAGCACUUCUUGAUGAGGGGCAAAAAUUCAAAUAUCUUCUUAAAACCUCCGAAACCGAUUCUCACCCCAUGAUGUGUGCUCACAUAUCCCCAGAGUUUGCCAGGAUCUUACUGCCUGAGUGGAUUGCAUUAACCCUAGAUGUCAUGGGCCUUAUAUCCUCACUGAGGUCACCUUUGGAAAAAAGGCUAAGGCCUGUGGGAGGACGGCUGAAGGGUAAGAAAGCUUUUCAUGGGAAUGCCAUUCACCACAUGUGCCAGCUGGUGCAAAAAACUCAGCCAGUUGCUGGAAUUUCUUAUGGCUACUGUAAAACUGUGUACCACUCUCUGGAUUUUUUUUCAAGUUUAUAGAUUUGCUUUAAAGUAGGGUGUUUUGUGUGUGCUUUUUUGGUUGCGUUUUGACCCUUCCGAUUUCCAGAUAAACUCCCUUUAAAAAGUGCAUCAUUGGAUCGAUGAUGGUUUUUCAUGGAAGUUUUAUAUAAGACUCAUUUCUGUCUUAGCUAAAUGCAUAUGUUUAUCUUAUCUUAAAGCCUGUGAUUACUUAGGCUGCACUUAGGAUCUGAAAAGCUCACUUGAAACUCAUACUGCAUUCAUUAUGACUAUUUUACUUUAACAUAAUUGAAAAGUACAAGGCCCAAGCUGGCUUUCAAAUUAUGUCUAAACAGAAAUGGGACAAAUAUAGGUGAAAACAUGAAGGAUUUAUGCCCCUGCAGGUGUGGAGUUAGGCAAAAGUCCCAUGCCAAGUCAUUGGUACAUCAGUGUCAUUCCCUCUCACCUACAAAGAAGAUGGGCAUCAAUAAAGUCAAAUUUCUAUCAA